AUUAUAGUGAUACGAAAGCUUGCCGUUUCCAUCUCUGAUCAACCAAGCUCGAUUCCGAGCGAGGACAAUUUGGGUAUAUUUCAUUCUCAUCUUCCCACGCGUAUAGCACAUUCAUCGAUUUUCAGGUUCGAUUCAUUGCUUUGGGAUUAGGGUUCAUAGUUUGUGGAUUUUAACGUUGUAUUGAACAGAAAACGUUUUCUGACACGACGGACCGUUUUGGCGUUUACCCAAGUUGUCACGUGCUGAAGAAAACAACCAUGGAAGUUAACCUUCGUCAGUAUAUAAUUCAAACACUGAGUCGGCCGAAAUUGGGGUUGCUGCGAAUCAGAAUGCAGUUUCUACUAGUGACGGCUGUGAAAGGAGUUUGAAACCUGUGGAAGAUAAAGAAGAAGAGGAGGAAGAGGAAGAGGAAGAAGAAGAUGCAGACUUUAAUCCUUUGUUUCUAAAGGAAACACUUUCAGAUGCUUCAUCAAGUUUGAGUUCUGAAGGUGAUGGAUUGGAUCGUAAUGUUGUAGAUAGUGGGCCAUCUAUGGAUAUAGAUUUGGAAAAGAUAACGGAUAAUGAGCAAAUCUGUAGUGCAGUAGAUUCUGAACAUGGCGAGGAGGAAAUUGUUUUAGAAGCGGCAGGUAUGAUAUCUCAAUUGGAGAUUGAUAAGGAGAAGAAGAAUGACUUGAUUAGUGGUACUAGUGAUGGUUUUAGGAUAGAAGACAUAAGCAACACAACGAAACCCCGAAGCCCAGUGAUAGACAUAGAUACUGAGGAUGCUAUUUGUAUGCGUACUAGAGCUCGUUAUUCGCUUGAAGGUUUCAGUCUUGAUGAGCUUGAGACCUUUCUUCAAGAGACUGAUGAUGAAGAUGAUGUUCAAAAUGUCGAUGAUGAAGAAGAGUAUAAAAAAUUUCUAGCAGCUGUAUUACAGGGUGGAGAACGUGACGGUCUUUCAUCUCAUGAAAAUGAAAACCUUGAUGAUGAUGAGGAUAAUGAUGCAGACUUUGAGUUAGAGCUUCAGGAGUUGCUGGACAGUGAUGCUGACGAGAAUGCAGCGGUAGAAACCCGAAAUGAGUGUGAUGGUGCUGGACGACGACCAAAGACUAGACAAAAUAAUCGCCGGAAGAGCUCUUCCCAAAGUGAGAGAAAAACAUUCGGACAGGUUAACAGGCCACUGCGGCCCAUUUUGCCUUGUUGGCUUAAUGGACAACUUGUUUCAGGGAAUGGUUUGAUGCCUGAAGCUACUUGUAGCAUUCAAUCUUCUGCUUCAAGAAAUGGUCUUGUUAAUGGCUUUACUCCCCAACAGAUUGGUCAGCUGUACAGUUUGAUACAUGAGCAUGUACAACUGCUUAUUCAGGUAUUUUCGCUGUCAGUUCUUGAGCCUUCACACAAACAGGUAGCUUCUCAAGUUCAGAGUAUGCUUUUUGAGAUGCUUCACAAACGGGAUGCAGUAUUAGCUUCAACAAGAACACCAUAUCCUGCUGUUUGCUUUACUCCAUCUGUCCCAGGCCAGUGCCACACAGGAUCUGCUUCUAUCCAAGAUGCAAUGAGUGUGAGGAUUCCUCAAUACCAUCAGACCUCUUCUGAAGGUUUGAAUGGGCAAAGAAGUUGUUUUCAAGAUGCUGACGGUUCUUUCUGGUUUCCUAUUGUAAGAGGCCCUGUGCUAUCUAUGUUGGAUGUUGCUCCUCUUAAUUUACUAAGAGGAUAUGUAAAUGACAUUAAUUCUGCUGCCCGAGAGUUUCGAAAGCGAUUCAUUGAAUCUGGUUUUGAUCAAGUUAUUGAAAAGGAACCUCUAUUUCCUUUUUCUUCAUCUGUUGUUGGAGCCAAUAGUACAGUCUCAUCUUCACCUGAUAAAAAACAACCUAAGAAAACAUUGGCUGGCAUGCUUGUUGAAAGUUCCAAAAAGCAGUCAAUUGCUUUGGUGCCAAAGGAAGUUGCGAGCAAAACUCAAAGAUUUUUGGCCUUUUUUAAUCCAGCAUUAUUCCCACACAAGCCACCCCUGGCAGCAUCUGUAAAUAGGACACUUUUCACUGAUUCAGAGGACGAAUUACUAGCCUUAGGGAUAUUGGAAUAUAAUACAGAUUGGGAAGCAAUUAAACAAAGAUUUCUUCCCAGCAAGUCUACGCAUCAGAUUUUUGUCAGACAGAAAAAUCGUUGCUCUUCAAAGUCAUCAGAGAACCCAAUAAAGGCAGUUCGAAGAAUGAAAACCUCCCCAUUGACUGAAGAGGAGAUAGCAUGCAUUGAUGAGGGACUUAAGCAUUAUAAAUCUGAUUGGAUGUCAGUAUGGCAAUAUAUUGUUCCACACAGAGAUCCAUUCUUGCUUCCACGCCAAUGGCGAGUUGCUCUUGGGACUCAAAAGUCUUACAAGGUAGCUGAAGGAAAAAAGGAGAAGCGGAGAUUGUACGAGUCUGGAAGAAGAAAGUCGAAAGCUACUGAGACAGAAUGUGGGCAACCUAGGUCUGAUAAAGAGGAUUGUGAGGCCGAAAUUGCAGAUGGCAUGGAUCAUUCAGAUGUUCCUUAUGUCCACCAGGCAUUUCUGGCAGAUUGGAGACCAGACACGUCUACUCUUAAUCAUUCAGAACACAUUUCCUCGGCAUCUGCAGAAGUAAAUCUUGGCCAUGAUUCAGUUUCACAAGAUAGUCAGCUUUAUAGAGGAAUUAACAACUAUGGUUUAAGUGGAAAUGUUCAACAUCAGAAUGGUAAUCAGCCUGCAUUUCCAUCCAUAUACAAGCUUCCCCUGCCUUUUCACUCUACAUCUGAUUUUAGGAGUGGCAUGAAAGGUGCUCCCAGUGCAACUAUUCCUAAAAACCCAUUUUUGGGUACGACCUCUAGCUCCAAGUACUGUUCUCGGCCAUAUCGGUCUCGGAGGCCAAAUAGCGCUCACUUGGUAAAAUUAGCACCGGGCUUGCCUCCUGUAAAUCUUCCUCCAUCUGUUCGUGUAGUUUCUCAGACUGCUUUUAAAGGUUUCGAGACUGGAACAUCAAAAGUUCAUCCUUGUCGAGAUGGUGUUAAUGAUGUUAGAAAAGAUAAUUCUGCGUCUCAAAUUCCUCAUGGUGAGAAAAUUGGAAUUGAUCAUCGUGCUAAACGUGCAAGACCUAUGCCAAAAGACAGUGGGGUACAUUCUCAAUUAGAAAGUUCUGAAACUGCUGAAGGCAGAUCUACUGUGGCAGAGAAAUCCACUUACGCUGAUCUCCAAAUGCAUCCUCUUCUGUUCCAGGUCACUGAAGUGGGUAACACACAUUAUUAUCCAUUUAAAUUUAAUUCUGAUCCUUCUAGUUCCUUCAGCUUCUUCUCAGGUAGACAGCCGCAAUUAAAUCUGAGUCUGUUCAGUAGUUCACAGCAACAAGGGCACGUUGAUAGUGCUAACAAGUCAUUGCAGUCAAAGAAUUCCUCAUUAAGGUUAGGAGGCAUUGAUUUUCACCCACUUCUGCAGAAAUCUAAUGAUACACAGGCGCCAACUAGUUCGGAUGCUAUUCAGGCCGAGCCACUUGUCAAUAGUGGUGUGCCUGAUACAACUAAUAUAUCUUCUGGUCUUUAUGACAAAUCCAAUGAACUUGACUUGGAGAUUCAUCUAAGUUCUGUAUCAGAAAGUGAGAAAUCUAUGAAAAGUAGACAGCUAAAGGAACACGUUCCUAUAGAGUCUCAGCAAAUCAUAGCUAGUAGUGCAACAGAAAUGAAUGCUCCAUAUUGUCAGCAGGGUGGUAGAAUUCCUUCACCGAGCGGCUGUAUACUUGCUUCAAGUGCCCCUUUAGUCGUUCCUGAUGAUAACAUUACCAGAUAUGAUGAUGUUGGUAACCAGUCUCAUCCUGAGAUAGUGAUGGAGCAAGAAGAGUUAAGUGAUUCCGAGGAAGAUAUUGAAGAACAUGUUGAGUUUGAGUGUGAGGAGAUGGCUGAUUCUGAGGGAGAGGAUGGUUCAGGAUGUGAACAAGCUUCUGAGGUUCAAAAUAAGUUUGAGUGUGAGGAGAUGUCUGAUUCUGAGGAAGAGGAUGGUUCAGGCUGCGAACAAGCUCCCGAGGUUCCAAAUGAGGAGGUCCCAAGAGCCAAUUCUGAUAUUCAACUUGAUUCUUGUCUCCCUACAACUGAUGCUAUGCCAAAUAUGACUUUGAUUAGUAAGGAAAUGGAUGACAAAAGUAAUUCGUCGUGGCUAAGUUUAGACUUUAUGUUUAGACUUAAGUUUAGACUCAAGUAGAUUCAAAAAUCUUGUACCAUCAAAGGCUAUGCUUCAGCAGGUAACAACUGGUGAAGAUUCUGCGUCCAAAAACUUCUCAAUUGGUAAAGCAGACAUGGGGGAGGGACAUUCCGAAGACAUUGUACAAUCGCCAAGCAUAGGUCCUCGUGUGUGUAGACCACGAAAUCCCAGGAAGCGUCGCAGCGAAUUGAAUACAAAUAAAUGAUUGACCGUUGAAAAAAUCAAACCAUGAUGGUAAUGGUGAAGAUAGCUUAUUGAAAUUUUCUGGCAAGUCGUGUGCAAAUUGGAUUCAAUGUUAUUGAGUUCAGGACAUGGUGGUAGUGUUCAAGACUUUUGAUUGAUGCACCAUACUACCAUCUAAAUUCUGAAUUAACUGGACUUUUUGCUGCUGCUGAUGUUGUUGUUCGUCGUCGUCGUAUUCGCCAUCAUCUAAUAUUAUUGCAAUUGCUGGAUGGCAGUUAAUCAGAGGUCAGUUGCUACAGGAUAAAGAAAAUCGACAACAAUUUUUCCCCUUCCCUUUGUCCUUUGAUGGAGCUCCUUCGUAUUUUCAAGGUAGUCUGAAUAAUUUGAACUUUAGAUUUGUAUAGUUACUGGCAAGGGUUCAAGUGAUGUGUUUUGUCUUUGUAAAUAUGUUAAGAGGUCAUGGCCAAAAAAAAAUUGAUCUUCACUGGGUCAUGUUCACUGGACAACAUUUAAAAAAAAAAAAAUUAGUUCCUUGUGGAAUUAUUCAAUUGUACAGAACUUCGUCCACUAAUUUUGACCUCCCAACAAAUAAUGUCCAAAGAAGUGCCAAGAACUUAUCCAUUGGAUCCUUGCUCAUAGCUUUUGCUGUAAUUAUUUUUGUUCAGGCUAGAACCUCCAAUAUUUAAUUCACCCAUUAACCAUUUAUUGUAUCUGAAAUAUCAGGUUGGGAAUGUCUAUGAUAUUAUUUUUAGCUAUUGUAAUGUUUUAACCGAUAAGGUGUUUAACUUAUAAAUAUCUUUGCAUCAUACCUGCAAGAGAACUUAAAUUUGUAUAUUUGAAUACAACUUGUGUUAUGUUAA